AUGGGCAUCUGGUGCAUGAAGCCGUUGGUGCAGGCGGCAAAUUCUUUUAAAUCAUGGUGUAGAGGAAGCAGCACGCAACAAGAUCCCCGAGAGAGUGUGUCCAGAGAUGGCACAGUAACAAGCGACGCGACCGCUGUGGAGGUAGACGAGACGAAUAUGAAGCUAUCAGGGUGCUUCCUCAACACGCCACCAAAGGAGAACCCGAACUCACCACACGCAAAGACACCAUGGAAGCGGGCCGAAACCGAUGAUAUUGUGGGUGAAGGGGCAAUGGGCGAUGACGAAUUGGCUCGAAGACUUUGGGGGGAGACGCAGCCUCAGUGCGUGCCAAUGGAUAUGGUACAGUCCAGAAUGGUGGUGGCGCAUGGAUGA